GUUCAGACACGCUACAUUUUUUUGUCAAACGGAGGCGCUAGGACCUUGAGGGAGGGCGCAUCAACAUUUCUUUUCAGUUACAUUUGCACUUAUUUUGUCGGUUUUGAGAACUGAGCAGCCUGGCGACCUUCACAGAAGGAAAGUCACAUUCAUUACGAAUAGACAGUAGUGUAAGAGCCUGCGGGACUAGCAUCGUCCCUUAACUUUAUUGGACAAGUAUAUUAACAAGCACGUUAUAGAAGUGAAAGACCCCCUCCGCUGGACGCAUCAAAGAGAUACCUGUCUGUCACGCACGAGAUGAGGAAAAACUGGGACCUCAAAAAACACAGUCUCUUUGAAGGCUGUGAGGAUGUGUACGGGAUUUGAAGACUGGUUCCGUUAAGCUGUUUUUAUCUUGGAGUGUUGUCCGACACAACUAUGACACCACAUGAAAACUGUAGCCCUCGUCUCUCACUCUCAGUCCUGGUCCUGUGGCUCCUCCUGCCCCUCUUGCUGUCAUCCCGCCCCCCCCCUCAUCAGCACCAUGUCCACCUCCCCUCUCUGGUGCCCCAUGCCCCUAUGCCUCUGACCCGAUCACGCUUCAGUGCUCAUACUCAAUUGGACUUCACCACCCACUGCAAUGCCAGCUGCUUCCACAAGGGCGAACAGGACAGUGACAGAGAGCACCUCACGGAGAAACUGGCAUUUGAGACGUUGUAUGCCGACGGUUCCCGCACCCUCACUGCUGUGGAUGUGGAGGAGGAGGAGGAGUCUGAGGGUCCUGUCAGCCCUGUCCAGCCUCCUCCCAGGAGAGGACGGAGAAUUCUUGUUAAACACACACGUCAAAGGAGGCAGAUCUAUGGGGCAGAUGGCCGUUUUAACAUCCGUGGUGACCACUUCCUGUUGGACUACCCAUUCUCAACAGCGGUCAGGAUCUCCACCGGCUGCACUGGAGUCCUUGUGUCCCAGCGUCACGUCCUCACAGCUGCUCACUGUGUGCACGAUGGGAUGGAUUAUGUCAAAGGGGCCCGUAAACUGAGAGUAGGCUUUCUGACCCCUCCCUCCAUCAACGGCACCAAGCCUGGAGGCCAGACCCCCAUCAAAAAGCCCCUGGUGCGCUGGGUCCAUGUCAAGCGCACCCGUGUUCCUAAGGGCUGGAUCCAGGGUCCCCAGGAGGUCAGCAUGGAUUUCGACUAUGCCCUGCUGGAACUACGCUGGCCCCACCGCCGGCCUUUCAUGCGACUCUCCGUGGCUCCCUCCUUGGAGGACCUCGCCGGGAAGCGUAUCCACUUCUCUGGCUUCGACAGUGACAGGCCUGGGGAGCUGGUCUAUCGCUUCUGCCCUGUGGAGGAUGAGUCCAACGACCUGAUCUACCAGCACUGUGACGCCCGGCCAGGGGCCAGUGGCUCUGGGGUGUACGGCCGUGUGUGGGACAACGCCCUGGAGCGCUGGGAGAGAAAGGUGAUCGGCAUCUUUUCUGGACACCAGUGGCUGGAGAUAGAUGGAGAGAAUCGAGACUACAAUGUGGCUGUGCGCUUCACCCCUCUUAAAUUUGCCCAGAUUUGCUACUGGGUGCAUGGGAACCGCAUGAACUGUAGUCAAAACUGAGAGAGAUGGCUGGACUAAAACAGGAUGAAGGCUUUGAAGACGCUGAUGAAAGUAAUUAAAAUAAGCACAAAGGAAACAUGAGGAAGAGAACAGGCUUCCUUUUUACUUUAACAAAGGACACAAUUGAAAAUGGAUUUAAUCCUAAUUAAGAUUUAAAAUCUAAAAUACUAUGUAAGAAAACUGUUGCUUCUUGUCCUGAAAAUUCAAGAAUGUUCCUUCUGGAUCUGAUUUCGUUCCUUAAAGUAUUUCUGUCUCAGAUGAACUAGUCACAGUGACAGUGUCCUUUCACACGUCUGCCAACAGACGAGUCAUCGCAGCAGCCUUUUAUGCACUUUUCCUCACGGUCAGACUUAGAACACUGAGUCAGAGUUUCCACCAUAUUAAAUCUCUUUCACAAGUUGAAACACACUGAUACAUCUUUUACAUUUGCUCUGUGUGACUCCUGUAGCAUUAGAGACUAACUGUGGACGUAUCAGUUUAGGACUCUUCUAUGAUGUAAUAACACAGCAGCAUUAUCUUCAAGCUCUUGGAAUAACAUACUUGGUUGUAGAGUUUAAUAUACAAUCAGAUAUGGGGAGGGAGGGCAGGUUUCUGUAUGUGAUGUUGAAUGUGUUGAAGGUCACCAGUAAAAUAAUAACUCAUCUGUCACCCAAUGGUCCCCCUCAAAGAUAUACCUACAAAAUACCACUAACAGUGUGCACAGCAUACUAACACAAGUCUUGAUACAGCAUCAUGUCAGUAGGUUGCAAAAAGAUAAGAUGUAUUUUAAUGACAUGAAUUGAUGAAUAAAUGGAUGGAUGUGUGAACAAGUUGAUGGAUGGAGAAAGAAACGGCAAAAUGGUUAUCUGGAGUUUUGAGUGACACUCAGUAUGUGUACUGAGUACUUUUUAUUACACUUUUUUGCAGAUUGGAGGGAUAUCAGAUUGUUGAUAAUUUUAUUUUUGGUAAAUACUUCUAUUUUAAUAAACUAAGUUCUAUAACAUU